UCAUAUUUCUGCAAGAAUGAAGGCUGGUCACAGGUGUCUGCUUUUCCACCAUAUUUUGCUGUCUGUCAUCUUUUUGUGUCAUGGCAAAGACGUUUUCUUCAAUGACAACGGAAACCUUGUACUCCCUGGGUCCUACAAUAUUCCAUGGAUGGCGGGCAUUCAGGAUUUCCGCACCCUAUCUCUCGUCACCAUCCCUGGCACCCAUGACAGCAUGGCCCGCUACGGAGGCCCAGAGGUCGAAUGCCAGGCUUUGUCCCUGAGGGAUCAGCUGAGGGUUGGCAUUCGUUUUCUGGAUCUCAAAGUGUUGGGACUGUCUGACACCCUCUAUGUUAUGCAUGGGGUGACCUACCAGCGUAGCACUCUAAGGGAGGUCUUAGACACAGUUAAAGCCUUCCUGUCAGAGUUCAAGACUGAAGCUGUGCUCAUUAGAGUGCAGCCACAGUCUUUUGAGAAGAACACAGUAAAUCAAAUGGUGCAAAAUCUGAUUGGCAAUGACCAACAUGUGUGGGUGGCCUCUGGGAUGCCAAAUAUGGGUCAAGUCAGGGGGAAAAUAGUCUUUUUGCAGAAGAGCACCUUCACACUAGGAAUUCCCCUCAUAGAUACGGAAGGUAAGACCAACAAGGUUAGCAAUGUUAAAGAUAAAGACAACAGAAUAAUCAAACAGCUGGAACAAGCCACUGAAGCCUGUGGAGGGGAUAAUGCUAUGUUGACUUACACUAGCGGCACUGGCUUUGGUACUUUCUGGGGAAUGUUUCUGACUCCAAAAAGAGUGGCUGAGAAAGUCAACCCAUGGCUCAAUGGAUACCUUAGACAGUUUUACCCCAAUCAGCCCAGACCAUGCUUUGGUGUCAUCGCCAUGGACUUUCCUGGCAUUGACCUUAUCCAAACUGUUAUCAAUUUAAACUGGUGGUAGAGGUGAGGUUGAUACAUUACUAUGAAAUCCGUUCUGUAUCUUUCCUUUCACCCCAUACACACUUGUAUUAA